CCUCGCUACAAUAUACACCAUGGCCACUCCGAACCCUCUCGAGCAUACUCACUCCCGCGGCGCGCCCCCCGACCCCUCGGCCAAGACGUUCCACAUUGGCGGCAUCCUUACCACCGUCUACGGCCUCGACGAACUGCCCCCGCAAUGCUCGUCGCUCGCCUGUCUCUGGCUGCUGCACCCGCGCCUCCAAACCCAGGCCUGCAUGGCGCCCCUCGCCGCCCAGACCAUUGCCGCGUGGAACGCCCGUGGGACCUCCAAGGGAUUGCUGGCCGUGAGCUUCGACCAGCGCAAUCACGGCACCAGGCAGGUCGAUGAGCUCGCCAACGAGGCCUGGCGCCAGGGGAACCCGAGACAUGCUCAGGACAUGUUUUCUAUUUAUCACGGCACCGCCCUUGACUGCGCGCAGCUCCUUUCCUACCUCCCCGCCUACAUCUUCCCCGCCGGCCAGCCGCACCCCGUCGUCAACCAGCACCUCGCCCUCGGCAUCUCGCUCGGCGGCCACUCCACCUGGCACUGCCUGCUGCAGGACCCGCGCAUCACCGCCGGCGUUUCCGUCAUCGGCUGUCCGGACUACACGGCGCUCAUGUCGCAGCGGGCCGAAAAGUCCAAAUUGACCUCCUGGACCUCUUCUGAUCCUCCCGGCUCCCGCUUCCUUGGCUCGCACGACUUCCCUCCGGCCCUGGUCGAUGCCGUCGCCCAGUGGGAUCCCGCCGGCCUGCUGAUGCGCGCCCUCGAGAACUCAGCUGCGCCCACCGAUGCCGAGAAGAGCAAACUAGACGCUUUGCUGCGGAGCCAUUUGCGCGGGAAGAGGAUUCUCUGCUUGUCGGGUGGUGCAGACAAGCUUGUUCCCUACGCUUGCGGCAAGGACUUCUUGGACUUUUUGAAAAAGUUCAUCAAGGAGGAUGAAGCUCUGGGCCUCGUGUUGGAAGACCUCGUGUACGAGGGCGUCGGACACGAGAUGACACCCGCCAUGUCCAAGCGUGCAGUCGAUUUCAUUUGCGAGACCCUGGCUGCAGAAAGACCUGUGGUUUCGGCGGUGAAAGAGUCAAAGAUCUAGACGACGCCUUCCAACGAUGGGUUUGUCAGCAUCAGAGCACUAAUCGCAUGCACGGACUCAAGCUAUAAGGAACUGUAAAAAGGGAUGGAUACAAGGAUACCCCUGAGUACCCUGAAGAGCGACAUCCGGGAUGGUUGCAGAACAACCGCUUUUGCCAAGAACUUCAACACAUACUCGUGGGCUAUAGGCAUCUGUGCAACGUCAUGGUAGGUAUACAACGGUAUGUUAAGCCUUCCCCGCAUACAAUCCCUGUCAAUCUUCAAAAAAGCUACGAUAGACCCAAUUCCAGAUCUAUUCAUGAAAAUACAAGGGAUGUGCUAUGAACUUCCAGUACUGCGUACACAUUCUCUCCAUAAUUGACUUUGUUCCAGUGUGCCGACACUUUACCGUGCUUCUAUGUAUAUAACGUAUACAUGAACAGAAUGUAU